GGUCCAAUGUCACAGAGGAGGAAUUAAGAGCCGCAGAGGACAAGUUUGAGGAGUCUAAAAAUUUGGCAGAGAAUGCUAUGCAUAAUGUGCUUGAAAAUGAGGUGGAGUAUAUCAGCCAGCUGGAGGCUUUCAUUGAAGCUGAAGUGGAUUACCACCGACAAGCCCUGAACACUCUUCAGUCAUUAUUAGAAACUCUAGAACAAAAACGUAGCGAAGCGGCAAGCCGGCCCAAAUCGGAGCACAUACCAAAACGUGUGGGUUCAUUCCACCGCAGCGAGUCUCCAAACAGCUAUGACGACCAGAAUGAGAACAUAGACAUUGGUGGCAAGUCUGGCAGCUACACCUUCAACAGUAUUAAGGCACCCUCGUAUCAUCAAUCAGGGUAUGACUUCUAUGGCGAACAAGAUCCUUUUGGAUCUUAUGCUGUUCCUGACACUAAGAAGAAGCCGAUGGCUAGAGCUCUGUACGACUUUAUUGCUGAAAAUGAGGGUGAGCUGGCUUUCCAGGAAGGUGACUACAUUGAUCUUAUAAGUCAGGUUGAUGAGAACUGGUUUGAGGGAUCUCUUAAAGGACAAGCCGGUUUCUUCCCCAUCAACUAUGUGGAAGUCAUUAACCCGCUCUGA